AUGACUGAAGAAUGCAAAUUAACUAUUGUUGGUAGGUUUCUAAAGCCUCGUCCUCAAAUCGAAAGGAUAAGGUCCAAUUUCAGAGAGCUUUUUCCAAUUAAAGGUGAUGCCAAGAUUGGAGUCUAUGACAACUACAAUAUUUUCAUAGAUUUCACCAAUGAAGAUGACUUCAAAUCUGUAUGGCACAGGAGAGUGAUUGAAAUUAAAGGAUUACAAAUAUGGCUACAAAAAUGGUCGCCGGAUUUUAAGCUGGAUGAAGACAUCCCAAUUGUCCCGGUAUGGGUACUUUUUCCAGGUAUACCAUUCAAUAUGCAUACAUGGCAUUAUGUUAAACAAAUUGCCAGUAAUGUUGGCACUCCGUUGGCCUUAGAUGCUGCCACUUAUGGUAAAACAAGGCCAAGUAUGGCUAAGGUAAGGGUCGAAAUAGACUUAACGAAACCCAUACCUAGUAGUGUAUGGGUGGGCUCCGAGGAUGAGAAUUCACCUCUAAAAGGGUAUACACAAAAAAUUGAAUACGAAAACAUUCCUAAGUAUUGCAAGCAUUGCAGGAAAAUUGGGCACAAUAUGAUGAAUUGUAGAGUUCUUGAGAAAAUAAGAACUAUAGAAGUCAAUGAAGGGGAAACAAAUGCUGAAAAUAUGAUUCCAUUGCAAACAGAAGAAGGAAGUAGUAAAAAUCAGAAAGAGAAUAGUGCAGGCAAUGGAGGCCAAAAGAAGAAUAUGGCAAAGCAGAAUGCUACAAAAGUUGAUAAAGGUGUGGCAAAAUAG